AUGAAUUGCCCAGAUAACAUUGACAAACUCAAGAAACUUAUAGUAAGAACAACAGAAUAUAAAGGAAUAGUAAUUAAAGCAUUAGAAGAAAAACCAAAAGUAAUUAAGAAAGAAAAGGAAAUUUCAAAACAAAUUAAAAUAAAAACAGAAGUAUCACCAGUACUUAAACAAAGCCUAAAGCUAAUAUUACUAUACUUAGCAACUAAAGCAAAACAAUACAACGAACCACAAGAAACUCCCAUACAAGAAGAAAAACGAAUCUAUAAUUAUAAGAAAAAAGAGUAUAGAAAACAAGUCUUCAAUUAUAUUGAAGAAGAAAAAAACGCAGAAAACCUAACUGAUGAAGAAAUAACAAUAUACUUAGUAUACUCAUUAGUAGUAGAAGAUAGACUAAAAGUCAAAACAAAUUGGAGAAAUCAAUUAGAAAAUGCGUUCAAAGCAUUAAGAUUAGGAGAUCUAAUUAUAUUUGGAAGAUACUCAGAAACACCUAAAAAAGGAUAUACAUUAAGAGGAAGAAACUACGAUUCAACAGGAGCAGAUGCAUAUGAAUACAAAUGGAGUACAGAAAUAAUGCAAACAGUAUUUGCAAUAAUUAGAACAAAACUAAGAAAGGAUGUAUUAGAAGUAUUUGAUGCAGAAAUAGCAACUAUAAACUGUUAUUUUAGAUCCAACUUAGAUGACGCAAAUGAUUUAAAAGAUGCAGAAAAUUAUCCAAUAAAAGCAAUAAAUUACUUACAAGCAGCAGAAAACUGGCAUGCUUCUGCAAUAGCAGAAGGAACAAGAAUAAACCCAAAUGUUACAGACGCGACAAUACAAAAAGGAUUUAGAGACAUAUUUGAUGAAAACUUCACAAGAGACUCAUAUAAUUGUCAAAUUGGCAAUGGGCUAAUAACUUCUUUGGAGGAAACAACAUUACCAAAUAAUGAAGAAGAUUUCUUCAGAAGAGCUGAUACUCUAUUCAAAGCAACAAGAGUAACAAUGAAUAUAAUGGAAAAAUCCAAAAAUGAAAAAACAAAUCAUUAUUCCCAAAAAACAAGAAUAAACAACGUGCAAACAUCAGGACAACCGUCCAAACCAAGAGGAGAAUACUACUCAUGUGGACAAAUAGGACACUUUGCAAAAGAAUGCCCAAAACGAAAAGAAAAAGAAUCCUACAACAGAGUACAAUCAACUUAUAAAAAUUACAAUGGAAAACAAAAGAAAACCUUUGUUAAAAAAUACUGUUCAUAUUGUGGAAAAGAUAAUAGAUACCAUACGAAAACAUGUCCGAAUAACAAUGCAAGUUAUUAUGAAGGAAAAAGAGCAAGAGGUCCAAUACCUAUGGUUCAUAAAUACAAUAAUUUCAAAAGUAAUAGAGGAAAAGGAAGACCUUGA